AUGACGACGUUUAGAUUUUGCCGUGAUUGUAAUAACAUGUUGUAUCCUCGUGAGGAUAAGGAGAAUAACCGUCUGUUGUUCGAGUGUAGAACCUGCUCGUACGUCGAGGAAGCUGGUGCUCCCUUGGUGUACAGACAUGAACUGAUUACAAAUAUUGGUGAGACUGCUGGUGUGGUGCAAGAUAUUGGGUCCGAUCCAACGCUUCCGAGAUCGGAUAGGGAGUGUCCACGAUGUCAUGCUCGCGAUAAUGUGUUUUUCCAAUCGCAACAGAGAAGGAAGGAUACGUCUAUGGUUCUGUUCUUCGUUUGUUUGCAAUGUUCUCACAUUUUCACUUCUGAUCAAAAGAAUACCAGAACUGAGUUUGUUUAG